AUGCCGCGUGAGCUGAGAUUGUGUAUAAGUUUUAAAAAAAUAAAACGUAACGUUCACACCGCGCACAAUAUUAGAUCCCACGUGGAUCUUUUCCUCGUGUUCAUCAAUCUACUUUUAAUACUUACCCCAAGUGGAAACGCUUCGUACGAAAUGCAGGGCCCAAAUUUCACAGUUGAACCGCAGUCGAGAGUUGAAUUUACGAAUGUAAGUGGCGGUCGUGUCGAUUGUACUGUCAGGGGGAACCCAGAACCAACAGUUGAAUGGCUGGCAGCAGACGGCGGCAAUGUCGCCAGCAUACCUGGGAUUAGAAUGGUAUUUAGUAAUGGAACCAUUUACUUCCCUGCUUUUGAGGCUGAAGCAUUUCGUCAGGAUGUUCAUUGGGCCAUUUAUAAAUGCUCGGCAAUUAAUAGUGUUGGUGCCGUUGUCAGCAGGGAUGUCACCGUUAGAGCCGUGGUAAACCAGCGUUACGACCCAGAAGUUCAAAGUCUUGGUGGUUUCCUGGGCAACAAUGUACUUAUGCGAUGCAACGUUCCCAGUUUUGUACGAGAUCACGUUACUGUUACAUCUUGGUUACAGGAACCAUCAUUUAAUAUUUAUCCAUCAGCUAUGAGUGAUGGGAAAUAUCAUAUGCUUCCUAAUGGGGAUUUAAUGAUUAUUAAUAUAACACGAAGUGAUGCUCAAAUGACGUAUAGAUGUAGGACACAUCAUCGACUGACACAAGAGACAUUGGUUAGUCCUAAUGUAGGUCGUGUACAACUAGCAGAAAUAAGAGGUUUUACGCCACCAAUAUUGAAUGAAAAGUUACACACAAUGUCAGCACGUCUAGAGGAUACUGUGGUAAUACCAUGUGUGGCAUACGCAAAUCCCCCACCGUCUAACAGAUGGUACUUUAAGCGAGAUCAACGUGAGGAACCUAUUGAUGAGAUUUCAGGUCACUACACAAUCCGCGAUGGUUGCUUGACAAUACAAGCAGUCCAGGAGAGUGACACUGGCACGUAUGUUUGCACGGCGAGUAACGUUGAAGGCAGCGCAAGUUUAGAAAUUCGUUUGAGUGUUUCUGCGUCUUUGAGUGUACAUGUACAACCCCCAGUCCAGACUGUUGAUCUUGGUAAACCUGCAUUGCUUACGUGCAGUGCCAGCGGUUUCCCUCAGGCAGCUCUUUAUUGGUUGAAAGAUGGACAGCCGCUGCGGACAGGCGAUCAUAUAAGUCUAAUCUCACGGGAUCGCAUUUCCGUGAGUGCCGUUGCUCGUGAGGAUCGUGGUAUGUAUCAAUGUUUUGUUCGCAAUGAACAUGAGAUGGCACAGGGAAUCGCGGAAUUACGCUUGGGAGAAAUAUCGCCACAACUGGUGUACCGAUUCAUCGAGCAAACAAUGCAACCGGGACCAUCGGUAUCACUUAAAUGCAGCGCUGCUGGGAAUCCAACACCUCAAAUUUCAUGGCUGCUCGAUGGAUUUCCCCUGCCUCAGAACGACCGUAUACUUAUUGGCCAGUACGUUACGGUCUACGGUGAUGUUAUUUCUCAUGUCAAUAUAUCCUCGGUAAAAUCUGAGGACAGUGGGGAGUAUCAGUGCACAGCUGCUAGUCGUGCCGGUGAAACAUCUCAUUCUGCCAGGCUAAAUGUUUAUGGAUUGCCGUAUGUACGUCCGAUGCCAGCAGUGUCGGCAAUCGCGGAAAAACAACUUCAAAUAAAGUGUCCAGUUGCCGGCUAUCCCAUUGAAUCCAUUAUUUGGGAAAAAAAUGGUACUCGAUUACCGACAAACAUACGACAGAGAGUAGCAAAUGGAACGUUGACGAUUGAUACUGUUCAACGUAGCGCAGAUCAAGGUAUAUAUACGUGUGUUGCACGAAAUAAACACAACUAUACGUCACAUCGGACUGUUGACGUACGUGUUCUCGUUCCACCCCGGAUCUCGCCGUUUUUUCUCGAAAGUGGCGUAAUGGACGGAAUGAGGACGCAGCUAAUGUGCUCGACGAGUGAAGGAGAUCAGCCAUUCAACAUUACCUGGUUGAUCAACAACCAGCCAAUUCAAUACAGAGAUGGUACUGCCGAUCAUACAUCAUCAUCAUCAUCAUCAUCAUCAUCAUCGUCCUCGUCCUCAUCAUCAUCUUUGUCAUCCUCGUCAUUGGGAAGCGGAGCAAACAACAUCCAAAUAAGCAACUAUUCGCCAUUUUCCAGUAUCCUCACAAUUAAUAGUGUUAACGAGAAGAAUAGCGGCAACUACACAUGUCAAAUCAGCAACGUUGCCGGUGUCGUCGAGCACACCGCUGUUCUUGCCGUUUUCGUUCCUCCUCGGUGGGUUGUGGAACCUAUCGACCAGGAUGCUAUUGUAGGUCAUUCUGUCUCCGUGGCUUGCCAAGCUGAAGGAUUUCCGAUUCCUAAUGUUACGUGGAAGCAAUCUAUUGGUGAAACACCAGGAGACUAUCGAGAGCUUGGAUACGGAGGUAUGGAGGGUAUUGAAGUUUCAAAAAAUGGCUCGUUGGUAAUUCCGAGAGUAUCGAGAGAACACAGUGGGUUUUACAUGUGCCAAGGCAGCAAUGGUAUAGGCCCUGGUCUCAGCAAACUCAUUCGUCUAACAGUUCAUGCGGGGCCACAUGUUGAAAUAAAAACCCGUCAAGAAUCUGUCAGAAGAGGUGAAACAGCAACUUUAAGAUGUGAGGCUGAAGGUGAUUCACCUCUUGAUAUCAGUUGGCGUAAUCGUGGCGGCAGAAUUGAACCAAUUUAUGAUUUAAGAUACAUAUUGGAGAAUAAUUCAACGCCACGUGGAAUGACGUCUGAAUUACGAAUAACUAAAGCCGGUCAUGAGGAUCGCGGGGAGUACGUGUGCGUUGCCAGCAAUGCGUAUGGCAUCGAUAAAGCAUCCAUCCAUCUCCUCGUUCAAGAGCCACCUAAUUUUCCCCGAAAUUUGCACGUUGCCGAGCUCAAAAGUCGAUCGAUACUUUUAUCUUGGUCAUCGCCUUCCAGUGACUCUGAUUCAUUUAAUCCCGACUCUCCCAUCACAAACUACAUCAUUCAAUACAAAGAAGCCGAUGAUGUGUGGCAUGACCACAACACGCAGCCGGUAGCAGGAGACAACACGGUCGCGCUGGUAUCACAACUAAAACCUGCCACCACCUACCACUUUCGUGUUUUUGCGGAAAAUCAUCUCGGAACAUCAGCCCCAAGCGACAUUCUUCAUGUGCAGACUGAUGGGGAGAUACCGGGUGGCCCUCCACGGCAGGUCACCGCCGAGCCCCUGGGUCCACAGCAGCUUAAAAUCACAUGGCAGCCUCCAGAUCAAUCUCUGUGGAAUGGUGAGCUUCUCGGCUACACUAUCGCGUCCACUAUACUAAGAGAUGAUGAACAAGCAACAAAUAUUACCCGAGUCGGUAUCACAGGAAAUGGAGACGGAUCUUACGAAUAUCGUUUGACCGGAUUAAGAAAAUUUACCGAGUACAGUAUAGUGGUGAAAGCUUUUAAUAGUAAAGGAGAUGGUCCUGGCUCUGAUCCUGUGAUAACUCAGACCCUUGAAGCCGUACCGAGUUCGCCACCACAAAACAUUGCAUGUACAGCACUAACUGGUCAAAAUAUUCAAGUUACAUGGAAAGCUCCUCCGUCUGAUAAAAUUCAUGGUAUAAUAAAGGGCUACAAACUUUUAUAUGAACCGGCUAAUGAAGAAAGUACUGAAACUCUGGGAUCAAGAGAUACCAAGAUUACCCAAGCUCUUAGCACCGUUUUGCACGAUCUAAGACCUUACACAAACUAUACCGUGCAAAUUUUGGCUUACACAAGAGCCGGUGAAGGUGUUAGUAGUACUCCCAUUUCAUGUAUGACUGAAGAAACUGUUCCAGACGUUCCUGAGCGUGUUAAGGCAGUUCCGAGCGCCGAAAAUGUUGUUAUUAUAUCGUGGUUGCCACCAAAACGACCCAACGGUAUUGUCACAAAGUAUACUGUGUAUAUACGAGCGCUGGAUCAGGGCCAAGAAGUAAAGAUCAUUAAAGACUUUUUGCCAGCUCGAAGUUUGCACUACGAAGCCACGGGGUUGAAACUACGGGAAUCUUAUGAAGCAUGGGUCACUGCAUCUACCAAAGUAGGAGAAGGACCCAGCACUCCGGUCAUCAAACUUCAGCCAAGUUCUACCGUUCCAGCAGCUAUUAUAUCUUUUGGAGCUCCAAUAAUAACAUCUUGGCGUGUUGACGUAAGAUUUCAUUGUUUGUGUGUUGGAAUACCAUCGCCUACAGUUGAUUGGCGAUUGGGGGAUGUUAAAUUGCAAAAAAAUCAAAGAGUGGAUAUCGGAGCUGAUCAUACAUUGACUUUGAGAAACGUACAGCGAAGUCAAGAAGGAAAUUAUUCGUGUCAUGUUAAAAAUUCACUGGGAUUUGAUGAAAUUAUUUACAGUUUACAAGUACAAGUUCCACCAACACCUCCAACGCUUCUUGCAACUGGCACAACAACCGAUGCGGUACAGUUACAGUGGAAACAGGGAGAUAACGGGGGCGCUCCCAUAAAGGGAUUUGUGCUGGCUUAUCGUAAGGAAUUCGCAGAAUGGGAAGAAGUUAUGCUUGACAGACGUGCCAGCACACAUUUGCUCGGGGGUUUGCAGUGCGGCACUAAAUAUCAAUUUACUUUGGCUGCCUUCAACCGCAUCGGCAGCGGUAGUGCAAGUAAAAUGGAAACUGCGCGAACUAAAGGCUCUAAACCUAUUCCUCCCCAUAAAAAACAUCUCAUACGGACCAAUAUGACUUCCGUUGUACUCGAGCUGACUUCAUGGCAAGACGGCGGCUGCCCAUUACUCUACUUUGUUGUCGAGUACAAACGAUUACCCGGCGAUUGGCUUCUUGUAUCGAAUAAUGUGUCACCACAAUCAAGAUUUCCGAUUGUCAAUUUGGAAAGCGGAACAAGCUAUGAAUUACGAGUGACAGGAUACAAUAAUGCCGGAUCAACUCAAGCGGAAUACCUAUUUAGUACAACGAGUCCUGGCGAUUUAACGAGAAUUCAUGACGGCCGGCUGCCUGAAAUAAAGGUCACGCCAGUCUAUUUUGAUGCACAAGUACUUGCGCCCAGUGUUAUAUCUGUUGUUGCUGUUAUACUUGUCAUUGGCGGUGUUUGUUUUUGUCUUAAAACACAUUCUCUGAGAGGCAGAAGAGGUAAUGAUCCAAGUUCUCAAACACAGGCGGCAUUAGAUAACAAACACAAUAUGGAACAAAGAGAACAGUAUUAUGCAACAGUACGUAAGCCUAGUCAACAAUCCCCUUGUCGGGAAGUAAAUGCAUUGGAACGGAUACCCGAGUACUCGGAAGACAUUUAUCCGUAUGCAACAUUUCAUUUACCAGAGCAAGAAAAUCUUUCAGCAAAUCCGAUAAGACAGGCGUAUUUUUAUGAAAGGAGUGAAACAAUGUUGCAAGGCGCUCAGAUCGAUGUUGAUCAGUAUACAAAAGUACGAAGCCGUUCAAGACGCAAAUCAAAGUCAUUCAAGUCUGAGUCUGAGGAAUACGACACACUUGGCUCGGACAGUGAUACCGAAGUUGGGACAAGCAGUCGGACAGAAUCAUCUAAUCACCUUGAUGAUUCGGCACCGACGUCUAUUUUAACUCGCUCACCAGGACCUAAUUCCGGGCCCCAGCGAGGCCGCGAACAACGACUAGCUAUUUUUCCAAGGCCGGUUCAUCAUAAUGUAUUGUACCACACGCACGAAUCAAGUACAUCAACCGAGCCGUCACCAAUUUCUGAAAGAAAAACCUUUCCUAGAUUAGAAAAGCAACGAAGUCAUGUAAUAACACCAGAUGUUGGUGGGUCAAGAGUUGAAAAUAUAAUACGACCGUCACCAAAAAAUUCAGAUGGAACAACUGGAGUGCGUUCUUAUUCGGCAGCACCCUCGCCAAGUCAUACUGCCACAGGGUCACGAUUAAAUGCAUCAUCAAUAGAUCGACACAAAGAAGUCCCAGUGGGACUUCGAUCAGUUGAGUCAUUGUGUUUAUUCAAUGAUCCACAACAAGUAUCAUCCUCAUCAUCAACCUCAACCUCAACCUCACGUAAUUAUCAACGAAAUGCGAGAUUACGCUCAAGAGAGCAGCAACCGCGCGAAGACUGGGGUAAUGAAUUAUCCACAUUAGAGCUCAAACCACCCUCAGGGUUCAUGGAUGCUCAUGAAACAAGCGAGGCGGAAUGUGAUAUUGAUAUGAAGCUAAAACUUGAUAGAAAACGUUCCAGACCUCUUUCCAACUCGCUGUCUAAAUCACCCAAAGACUUUACAAUCACUGUCUAAAAAUUUUUAAUUUUGAUUAAAUUUAUAAAUUUUAUUGUUCUAAAUUUCAAGACUUAUGUAUAACAAUAUUGAGAGUAAAAUCUAAAAAAAACAAAAUAAGUUAAUUAUUAAGUCAAAUAAUUAAUUAAAUAUCUUAUUGACUAAUUAUUAAUA